GCCAGUGACUGCUGCUCAGUGAAUAACAUACGCAGAGAUUAUCCAAAAUCCAUUCAUUUCUUACGAUUGUUUUCAAAAUUUACGACUAUCGGAAGCACUUUACUCCACGUGCAUCUUAACGAGCGUGAUUGUCGCGAGCCAACCGAACCAGAGCGCGAGCUAUUCUGAUGUAGAAUAAUCUGAAAUUAUUUUUCCCACCAAAUUUUCUGUGGAUUACACAAAAGAAGGCACGGGCACUCAGUAUCCUUCCAUUCGCAAUAGAGAGUUUGAGAGUGUGGAGAUGAAUAAGCUGCGUCAGAGUCUGCGCAGAAAGAAGCCCACCUACAUGCCGGAGGCCAGCCGGCCACACCAGUGGCAGGCAGAUGAGGAGGCUGUACGAAAGGGCAAAUGCAAUUUCCCCGUCCGGUAUCUCGGCCUGGUGGAGGUAGAGGAGUCCAGAGGGAUGCAUGUGUGUGAGGAAGCAGUGAAAAAACUGAAAGUGAGUGGGAAAAAAACUGUCAAGGCUGUGCUCUGGGUGUCUGCCGAUGGCCUGAGAGUAGUGGAUGACAAAACCAAGGACCUCAUUGUUGACCAGACCAUUGAGAAGGUGUCCUUCUGCGCACCUGACCGCAAUUAUGAUAAGGCGUUCUCCUACAUCUGCCGUGAUGGAACGACUCGCCGCUGGAUGUGCCACUGCUUCAUGGCCCUAAAGGACUCGGGGGAACGUCUGAGUCACGCGGUCGGAUGCGCAUUUGCCGCUUGCCUUGAGCGUAAGCAGCGCAGAGAGAAGGAGUGUGGGGUCACGGCUUCCUUCGAUGCAAGCCGCACAUCGUUUGUUAGGGAAGGUUCCUUUCGCAUUUCCUCCGCAGGACAGCAGAGUGACCGGGAGGACAUCAUGAAACAGCUACAGGACAAAAAGAAAGAAGCAUGCGGGAUUUCUGCUAUGCUACCUGGAAAUGCUUCUCCUCCAGAGGGAGCAGCAUCACCUGUGGAGAGGGUGGAGCCAGGUGGGCCUCAUGCCAUCCCACGCCGCCACGCCCCGAUUGAGCAGCUGGUGCGGCAAGGCUCUUUCCGAGGCUUCCCUCAACUUAGCCAGAAGAACUCGCCGUUCAAACGGCAGCUCUCUCUACGGCUGAACGAUCUCCCUUCUACCCUUCAGCGUAAGACGGAUUUCCAGACUAAGAACCCUGUUCCAGAGAUGGACCUGUCAGUGGCGGGUGAGGCAGACAGCAUAAAUGCUCUCUGCAGCCAAAUCAACAGCUCUUUUACCAAACCUUCUGAGGACCUGUGUGCCAAAGCCACCACUAAUUGCUUACCAGUGUGCAGUGCACCACCUGCCAUCCCCCCUCCACCUGCUCCCCUGCAAGCUACCAGCUCGUGGGUUCAGAUAGAGCCUGCAGUCCAGUCUCCUCCACCCGUCCCACAGGGCGGCCACAAACGAACCCCAUCCGAGGCAGAACGCUGGCUAGAAGAAGUGGCUAAAGCGGUGAAAGCCCAGCAGCAGACUCCACCCAAUCUGCCUCCACCUACUCUACCCCCACCACCCACACAGCAACCUCUACCAGUUCCCUCCAUGCCCAUUGCACCGGGUUCCCUACCCACCUCUAUACAGCCAUUCCCCAUGGCCUUUGAUGCCACUCCUGCACCCGCUGGCAUGUUCGCCCAGCAACCUCUUCAGCCGGCAUUUGUACCUAUGCAGCCGUACAUGCCUAACCUGGCCAACAGCAUGACUUAUCCCAAUGCCAGCGUGCCCGUUGUAGGCAUCACACCGUCACAGAUGGUGGCUAAUGUAUUCUGCUCUGCGGCUGGAACAGGGGGUGGAGCAAUAUUGGGGGUGGGGAUGGGGCCAAAGACAGGUACACUUGGGGGCAGUCAACAUUCAGCGUUCCCCAACCUACCUGGAGGCUUCCUCAACACCACAUUUGCGUCGCCCCCAACUGUCAACGGCCAUCUGCACAACUCCUUUGCCUCAACUACUAUGACCACCAGUGUCACGCAAAAUGGCACUGGUAGCAUCGUGAAAGGAGAUAGCAGUUGGCCAAUGGAGAGUCUAAAACAGGCCAAUCUCACAUCCAGCUCGCAGGAAGUGGAGCAUUUUGAGGCUAAAUGGGCGGCUUUGGAAUCUAAAGCGCAACCAAAGGCAGCCAACCCUUUUUCCAAUGACUUACAAAAUACUUCCGAGAUUGAGCUAUAAUUGUAAACAUGGAACAAGCUUUGAAGACUCUGAGAUGAGGAGGAAUUAUUUCGUACCCCAUUCCCCAUCCCCUUUGUUUUGUCUCUUUGACGGUUUUCUCAUGCUUCUGGUCUGUUUGAGGGCAUUGGUUGUUGUAAGAGAUCAUCUGGUUAUAUUUCAUGUCAAAUGGAGAACUGCCAAUCAGACUCCAGAUUUGGAGAACAUAAAUGUCACAGAACUCAAGAAGAAGACAGUCACAACUUGUUAGGCACUUAUUGGACAGCUAAAACGAGAGACCUGCACGUUAGUCUCACAAGUAAUGACCCUUGCUUGGAAAGUGAAUGAUUUUACCUAAAGCAAAUACCCUAAUGGGAGUAAAUAACUAAUUAGUGGAUGUUCAAAAUAGGUAUUUAUUGUUUUUAUUUGAUUAUAUUGGUUAUUUUUAAUCAGAUUUUAAUUGUUGUUCUGGACAAUUAUUCUUAGUUGGUUUUAUCUUAUUUAUUUUAAUUGGACAGGAUAAAGGCUUACAGGUGGAAUAAAUUGGCUACUUGAAAAAAUUAGUCACAAAUAAGAGGUUGAAAAAUUUUAGAUAUAUCAAAAGUACGAGUUUGUUCUGUUCAGGAAGGAUUGUAAAUAGCAUGCUUUCAAUUUACUUUUAUAUAUUGCCCUUUGUGUGGCUGUUAAUUUUCAGUUAUUCCAAAAAAUGCUGAAUCAUUGAAAUGUCCACUCUGCACCAAGCGGAUACCAAAAGUACUAACAACAGGCACAUUCCAGCCCUGAUUAUACUGUAAAAAUACAUAUGGCAAAGAGAAACAGAGACAUAUUGCAUUGAAACCAAGUACUUUGAGAAAUUGCUAAACAUUUAGAUUUACCCAGAAUGCGCACCAUUAGGAGACAUUUAAAAUACCUUCCAAAAGCAUUUGAAAAUGACUCAACCAUGCAAGACACAGUUUGUCUAACAUUACAUUGUCUUCAAAGAGGUUCAUGGGGCUUCUCCAUUAUUAUGAAUGUACUGAAUGGAAAUGUGACCAUUCUAUUGCAGACAAAAAGAACAUUUGAGGCAAAUUUAGCUGUUGGAAGGGGGGAAAAAAGAAGAAAACAAGAUGAAAAGUGUUAAAAUUGGGUACUAGGAUAGUUGAGCAAGUGGAGUAGCAAGUCUUGACUAGCAAGUCUUCAAAAUUGAAGGUGUUUGUUUGACUACCCAGAAGCUUAAAGGGACAGAUCAUUUGAUCCAGUUCAUGCAUGUUUAAAAGAUUCCAUAUUACAGUAUGUUAAAACAUUGAAUAUGCAUAUUAGUUUUGGCUCUCAUUUCUUAUCACUGCUGUUUUCACUCACUCUGGUCUAAUUAGGAAAAAAACAUUAAUAGGAAUAAUUGUCUUUAAUUUCAGGAAAAUAAUAUUACAAACUCUUAAUGAUAAAAUCUCAUUCACCAUCUUCAUUUCAGUGGUUUACGUUUUUUUUUUCAUGGCACGUUGAAGCACAAACACUUUUAAUGUUUAAUAAUGCUCAAUGGUUGUAUAUUUGUAUUUUGUUCUUAUAUUUAAAGGCUUGAGUAUUUCUCAAGCUCAAUCAUUGCUUCCAAGAGUACAAAUAAGAUGUGGUGAAUGAUCUUACUGGAGUGUGUGGAGCCCUGCAAGUGUCAAACGCUAGAUGAUCAAAGCCAGACUGCACACUGUGCUCAGUGAGGUGUACUUCAUACUCUGGACAAAAGCACUCUACCUACAGACUCUUCAAUAGGACAUACAAGACAGGCACAAUGCUUCUAACUCCUGGUUUAAAAGACCAUUUCGGCUAUAAUGUGUUAUAAAUUGACUUGGCCACUUCCCAGUGUUCUUAUCAACUGUUUAUUACAGGGUCAAGCAGGUGUGUUGUGAGAAAAAAUAACCUAAAAAUGGUCCUUUUCCCAAAGACAAUGCAUUUGUAGUUUGGCCUAGCUAUACUGUACUUGUGAGGAGAAACCCUAUUUCAUGGAUGCAUUUAUAAUAUAUUUUGUCCAUAUUCAUUUCCCAAUCAAAAUAAAAGUUUUUUCAAAACAAGGGAACUAAAUUACCUCAUAAACUUGAUUGUAAACUUUAGUGUAGUGAUAACAAACCAGUGGAGAUUAUUUUUAAUCUUUAUUUACAGAAUUUUGUAUUUAAACCUACAUAUUUCUAUUGUAAUUACAAUGUAUAAAAGAUAAAUAAAUAAUAUAAUGUAAACAAA